CAAUUUCCCCUCUCUAUAUUCCAUUUUUCAAAAUUAUAUUUCUCCCGAAACAAUUUCCCCUCUCUCUAUUUCUCCGCCAUCUACCAAAAUACAAUUUCCCUCCCAAAAUUGUCCGUACUCCCGCCCCAAAGCCUCACCGGCAGAGCUCUGUUCGACGGAGGGGAAAAUGGAAGAAGGACAAGGCGAGGUUGUUGCAACGGAGCAGAGCAAGAUGAAGAGUAGCAAGCAGCGGAGGAACGUCAUUGCUUUCACCGGCGGCGCGGCGGUUCUCGUCCUCGCUGCAAACUUGGCAAUCUACGCCUUCAAUUCCCACCGGAAGAGAAAGUCCGAUAAGAAAGGUCUUCAAGGCUCCAGCGUUCGGAUUAAUCUGUCUGCGUCGGAGAUUCUCAAAUUGGCUGAUCGAAUCGUCGCGAAGUCGAAGCAAGUUCACGAUGCAGUGGCUUCAGUGCCUCUUGACAAGGUCACAUAUGAAAACAGUAUCUCGCUGAUGGCGGAUUUGGAGGCGGAGCAAUUUGCUUUGAUUCAAUCUUGUCUAUUUCCUAAGUUUGUAUCUGAUUCCGAGGAUGUCCGGAAAGCAAGCGUUGAAGCAGAGCGGAGAAUCGAUGCGCAUGUUCUGGCUUGCAGUAAAAGAGAAGACUUGUACCGAGUAGUUAAAGCUUUUUCGGUGAAGGGAGAUUGGACCAACCCGGAAGCUAAACAAUACAUUAAGUGCCUGGUUAGAGAAUUUGAGCGCAAUGGUUUGAAUCUCACAGUCAGCAAAAGAGAUGAAGUCCAGCGGUUGAGAGCUAAAAUAGAUGAACUAAGCUUGCGGUAUAUACGGAAUCUACAUGAUGAUGAGACAUAUCUUCUUUUCAGCGAGUCGGAACUAGAAGGAUUGCCGUCUGAGUACUGUAAGAGCUUAGAAAAGGACGCGGGCGGAAAAUAUAAGAUUUAUAUGAGAAGCAAUCAUAUUGUUGCAGUGCUGGAACUUUGCAAGGUAGGACAAACAAGGAAGAGAGUUGCGGUGGCGUAUGGGAAGAGGUGUGGGCAGGUCAAUUUUUCUGUGUUGGAAAGUUUGGUUGAACAGCGGCACAAAUAUGCUCGCUUACUUGGCUACUUGAACUUUGCAGAAUUUGCUCUUGAUCUUAGGAUGGGAAAGACAUCCGCAAAGGUAUUUGAUUUCUUGGAAGAUAUCUCUGGCAGUUUGACACAUUUGGCAACUAGGGAACUCUCCAUUCUGAAGGACAUAAAGAAGAAUGAGGACGGAGAUCUCCCAUUUGGAAUUGAGGAUCUAUUGUAUUAUAUCAAGAGGUCCGAGGCAAAGCACUUUGACCUAGACUUCAAAGCUCUAAAACAGUUCUUUCCUGUGGAUUUGGUACUAUCUGGCAUCUUCAAAGUAAUCCAAGAUCUCUUUGGAUUAAGAUUUGAGGAAAUUGGGAAUGUUGAGGUUUGGCAUCCAGAUGUUAGUGUCUUUUCAGCCUUUGACUUGAUUUCUGGGGAAUUGCUGGGGCAUUUGUACCUUGAUCUGUACACAAGGGAAGGAAAAUAUGGUCAUACAUGUGUUUUGGCGCUUCAAAAUAGUGCAUUAUCACAGGAUGGGACUCGACAGAUAGCUGUGGCAUUACUCAUAUCUCGUUUGCAGAAGGGAAAAGAAGGGAAUCCUUGUUUGUUGAGGUUUUCCGAAGUAGUUAGUCUCUUCCAUGAAUUCGGGCACGUGGUCCAAAAUAUCUGCAACCGCGCAUCAUAUACCAGGUUCUCUGGUAUGCGUGUUGAUCCUGAUUUUGUUGAGAUCCCUGCUCUGUUGAUGGAGAACUGGUGCUAUGAGAGCUCCAUAUUGAAGUUGAUAUCUGGGUUCCAUCAGGAUAUCACAAUGCCGAUCAAGGACGAAACUUGCAAGUCCCUAAAAAGAUGGCGGUACUCAUUUUCUUCUCUUAAAUUGAAGCAGGAGAUUCUUUAUUGUCUUUUUGAUCAAAUCGUACAUUCUGCUGAUAAUGUGGACAUUGUCGAGUUAUACAAGCAUCUUCAUCUAAAGGUCAUGUUAGGGCUGCCAAUGUUGGAAGGCACCAACCCAGCUUCGUGUUUCCCUCGUAGUGCCAUAGGUUAUGAAGCAGCGUGCUACAGUCGAAUAUGGAGCGAGGUGUUUGCAGCUGAUAUCUUCGCGUCCAAGUUUCGUGGCAAUCUCUUGAAACACCAAGUCGGCAUUCAGUUCCGGAACCAGGUAUUAGCCCCUGGAGGAGCGAAAGAGCCCAUCGAACUCUUAACCGAGUUUCUCGGCAGAGAACCCUCCGUUCAAGCCUUCAUAGACAGCCAAUCUCAACACUAAACGGGGGGGAAAAAAUCGCCAGAAAAGUGAACGUUUUCCGGUUGACUAAUUCAGUCUUCUCCAUCGUACGUUCUUUAACCCCACUUUCGUAGUUCGUCCGUUGGGUUGGCGGGUUCCAUGUUCUGUCAUCUUUGUUCAGUUUCUUUUACCCUUCACAAACACGCUAGGUAUCAAAGGCGGAAAAGAAGAAAACGGAAAAAUGAAGAAUCCUGUUUUUUCCUUUUGUGGGGUCAGAAGAACAUGUUCUUAUUCUUCUUCCUUCCUGUUGUUGCUUUAAUUCAACUUCUCUUUCCUUCUGUUCUCAGUGUUUAGCUCGGUUAUAAACUUAAAUCUCAACGGUAGAGUGCUUUAGCUGGCGAAAUCUCAUUCAUUUUCGAUCCAUCGAUUGAGAACGCGUAAGAAUGUCUUUGGGAUGAUCAAGAACUCUUUCACACGAUAGUCUUCCGUCUUCUAAAUGUUAUCGUCCAUUAUAAUUCAUAGAAGUUAGCGGUGUGAUAAUUCUAUCAACACUGCGUUAAGUUUCCAGAAAAACCUCUUCUCUCCUCCUAAUUCUAUUUUGUUCACAUUUUCGACGAAUUAACAAAAAAACGUGUCACCAUACCAUGUUGAUCAGUUUAGACUACGUACUUACAAGUUUCAACAACCUAAUUAUAUGUCGUUUAUUGAGCUGUUUUGUGAAUAGACAGACUAUGAAUGUUAUUAAAAGUCGGAAAGAUUCUGCCGAAUAAUGCAAAACGAGUGAGGUCAGAUCAAGACAAAAACACAAUGUUAAUGUAUGAUUAAGCUUUGAAAAAUAAGAUAUAUAGAUAGAUAAGAAUACUGAUGAUGUUUCCAUUUCCCUUUAAUUAAGUUAACAUCAUGCAAACGUGGCCAAUAAUGGGACUGAUUUUCCUGUAUGGGGACUUCAUAUGGCUGGCUUUAUAUAUAUAUAUAUAUUAGUAUUUGUUAGGAUGUCUUGGGAAAUUGACAAAGUAAGAGACAUACAAAUUUAUUUAGUUCACUAACACAAUGUGUAUUAACUAGUUCAUAAGUAGAAAAGAGUCGGUUUCACUAUAUUUGAAGAUAUCCAUAAUCUCUUCUCCAAAUGACCUAAUAUAUUAAAUCGUGUAUAAGCCAAUACACCGUGACUUCCAAUCGAAGUCAGAAUUUUUUUCAAGUUAUAACAUCAAUAUUAUUAGUAUAGAGAGAGAGAUUGUGCUGCCAUGUUGAUAUCGGUCUCCAUUUUUGACUUGGAAUGAUCGGAGAAUGAGUCUAGGAAGAGCCCGUCAAUGAAGAAAAGUUUGAUGGGCUAGCAUAGAAGCAGCAUUGAUUAGACUAUGGAAAUUGAGGUGGGAAAAUUAGGAACAUGGCAAGGAAAAAAGCAUUUAUUAAUCUCAAGUACAAAGUACAUUUACAAAGUCUAGUUUUUUUUUAAUUAAUUAAUUUAUUUCCUUACAGAAUUAGAAAGAUUGAGAAUUACAGCAUUGCAUGAUUCACUGGCGUCAGCCAACGGCCGGAUGGGCUUGCUUAAACACCGAUGGGUCUGUAAACCAUGCUCCACCAAGCACGACAGCGGGAGGUAUUGUUCGAGGAGAUGAUGGACGCUUUCUUAGAGCGUAUACAGUGAACCUUGCCAGAGAAUCUAUCACCUAUGCAAAAUUAGCAGCCAUAAUGCACGGUCUUAAGAUCACUUGGGAUCUCGGGAUUAGGAAGGUUGUUAUUCAAAUUGACUCGCAGAUAGCGAUCAGUCUCAUCCAGUCAGCAUCUCCAUCAAAUCCGCAUGUAGUUCUCAUUGCGGAAAUCAAUCGACUUCUAGCCCUGCAGUGGCAGGUCCGCCUUGAGCAUACUUAUCGGGAAGGAAACUUUGUCGCGGACUUCCUUGCGUCUUUGGGUCACUCUCUAGCUGUUAGGGAACAUGUGUUUACGUCCCCUUUUCUUUUGCUGAACUUUUGGUUGUACUAUGAUCUUAUUGGGGUCUCGACUUCUGGCUGCUCCCUUUAGCGCUCCGUUUCCGACAAAAAAAAAAAAAGAUUGAGAAUUCAAUUAUCAUGGUAAAAUUGACAUUUUUAUGUGUGAAUCAAAUAAGAUUGAGAAAUUUUAAUUAUGGUAAAAUUGACAUUUUUAUGUAUGAAUCAAAUAAGAUUAAGAAAUUUUAAUUAUGACA